AUGGACGUUGAGCGCUUGUUUGCUCAGAUUCAUCGGAGCAUAGACAUUGGCGAUGUCUUCAUGGAGCGUGUGAGGGCGAAUGGCUUUCUGACGCAGUGCCUCUCACAGCACCUGCGGGCUGGUGGCCCGGACCCACGAGAGGAACACGCUGAGGAUAUGAUGGCGGCUGGCGUCCCGCUGGAGCGGUCUGUCAGGCCCGUCGCCAGGGCGGGACACGCCGCGCCAGGGUGGAUGAUGUAUGUGAAUGCAAAGGAAAAGCCGAGCAGCAGCGUGUCUCAACCUCGUGACAAACGACAGCGUGUUCAGGCCCGCACCUUACUGAAGGCAGAGUUUGACAACCUCCCGCAGGAGGAGCAGGACACUUGGAAUGCCAAGGCAGCGGAGGCUCACUUCAUUAAACGGCAGGCUGCAGCGCGCGAGGCAGCUCUUCCAGAGGUCGAGCCCCUACCUGAGACCUGUGGUCCUACUCCCAUGUGCGGCCUCAGUGGUGACGGCCUCCCGCUGAGCCAUCAAGCCUUCUUGGCCGCGGCAGAGAGUGACCCCGCAGCCGCUUUCAACCAGUGGGGCCAGCAAGCUCGCAAGGAGUUUCGCGACACAACGUUUGUUAAAGAUGCAAACAGGAUCCCCCCGAAAAAGAAGAUCUCAUUGUGGCGCUCGUGCUGGCAACGCCACAGUGGCGUGUGCCAGUCCAAGGAUUCGUCCAUCUACGAGCCGUGCCUGAAGAGCGGUGCGGCCCUCUCGCGGUACCUCUGGGACAAACAAUGGCAGUUCACUUGGGUGCGGGCAGACCUCACGGCUGCCGAUCAGCACGAUGUUAUGGUUGCAGGCGGUUAUUUCUGGGUGGCGUAUACCCGAGGUGCGAACCCGCUCAUGUCGCUAUUUCUUGCAGGGCAGCAGCUGCUGUUGCGGAAGCUGAGCAGCAAGGUCGCCGAGAGCCCAGACUUCCCCUUGGGCGUGAGCGAUAUCACGCAGACCCUGGAGCCCGAC